AUGGCCACCUGCAAGUUUCCAUCUAUCUAUCUUCAAGACAUGGGAGAUCACUUCGUGCUGCUGGUGGAUCGGUUGAUAACAGAAUCGACGAUCGAGGCAGCGAUCCAGAGCAGGAACCGGAUGCUGCAAGCCAAUGCACCUGUCGAGGAGGAAUGCAGAAUCCUCGAUGAGAAAACACUUGAGAAGCUUCGUAACGGAGAUUUGUCAAUGGUGCUGUGUAGAAUCUGUCACGAUGAGGACUUGGAUUCAAACAUGGAGACCCCUUGUUCUUGCAGCGGCAGCUUAAAGUAUGCGCAUAGGAGGUGCGUGCAGAGAUGGUGUAACGAGAAAGGUGACACAACCUGUGAGAUUUGCCAUCAGGAAUUCAAACCGGAUUAUACAGCGCCUGCUCCAUUGUUAGAGUUAGGUCAGGUUCCUCUUCAUUUCAGAGGGAACUGGGGAAUAUCUCAACGAGAGCAUCGUUUCAUCACAGUUGUACCAGCUGAUUCAGCUUUCCACGACGAACAAUACCCUCUUUCUUCUACCACAAGCUUCAUCUGUUGCCGUUCCCUUGUUCUCAUCUUCAUGGCUCUUUUGAUUCUCCGACACACCCUUCCUUUAAUCCUCACCGGCUCAAACCUCCAGGUCUUCCCUUUGUUCACGUUGUUGUUUCUGAGAGUACUCGGAAUCAUGCUACCAAUCUACGUCGUAACCAAAGCAGUCGCCACCUGCCGCCGCCAUGCUCAGACCUUAGAAGCCUCUGACUCUGAAGAUUCAUCUGAUGAAGAAACAGAUUUAUGGCGAUUGCCUCAAACGCAAUCGUACAUUAUAGGCGUGCCAUGA